AUGCUUCUGAAUGUCCUGAUCCAGUCCAGGCCCCCACAGAUAACUGCGGGCGAGUGCUUUCAUUCGAGUGAUACCUGGAUGUCCCGCAUGCAGGAUGUGCCGGAUUUUGGGCCAGACAGGAACUGGAAAGGUAUCGCCAUCUCUCUGCUGGUCAUCGUGGUCAUACUGUCACUCAUUGGACUGGCCAUCGCUCUUCUUUCCAAAAAUGAUGGCGCGAAGUCUUUAGGCACCCAAUUGACCCUGGAUGACCUCUUUCAACGAGAGUUCCAGGUGCARGACCCUGAUGCUAAGUGGAUCAAUGAUGAGGAGAUCAUUUUCAGGAGCUGGGACGGUGACGUGUUCAAAGCCAACACGCAGAGCAACGAGACACACCUCUUACUAAAAAACACCACUUUUGCAYCAUUUAAGGCCUCCAAGUUUGCAGUUUCUCCAGAUCUGAACUUUGUUCUUCUGGGCUAUGACGUGAAACAGGUGUACCUGUACUCUUUCCUGGCAUCCUACUUGAUAUACAACCUGCAUACAAGGGAGGUACAGGAGCUGAACCCUCCAGAGGUGUCGGACUCGGUCCUGCAGUUUGCUUCUUGGGGCGUUCGGGAUCAACAGCUGGUGUAUGUCUUUGAAAACAACAUUUACUACCAGACGGAUGUCAAAAGCAGUUCUUGGAGACUGACGUCUUCAGGGCGAGAAGGAGUGGUCUUCAAUGGCAUCGCUGAUUGGUUAUACGAAGAGGAAGUGCUGCACUCUCAAGUGGCUCACUGGUGGUCCCCUGACGGGUCACGACUGGCCUACCUCAACCUCAACGACACUCUGGUACCCAACAUGCUCCUGCCUCGCUUCACUGGCGCCCUCUACCCCAGGGGCCAACUGUACCCUUACCCCAAGGUGGGGCAGGUCAAUCCCACUGUUAAGCUUUACGUCGUCACCUUGGAUGGGGGAUCCCAGACAACUGAACUGCGACCUCCCAACAGCUUUGAAAAAAGUGACUACUACAUAACCAUGGUGACAUGGGUCACAGAGGAGAAGAUCGGUGUGCGCUGGUUAAACCGAGCCCAGAACACCUCCAUUCUGUCGCUAUGUGAGGUCACCAUGGGGGCAUGUCUAAAAAAACAUGUGAUUACAUCAGAGAAGUGGCUUGACCGUCAGAAUGAAGAGCCAUUGUUUUCCAAGGAUGGGAAUACCUUCUUCCUGACCAUGCCUAUAAAACAUGGCGGACGAGGGUCAUUCCACCAUAUCACCAUGAUAUCUGACCAGUUCAAUGGUGAUGAGGUCAACAUGCGCCACCUGACCUCUGGCAGCUGGGAGGUGUCUCAGAUCCUGGAGUAUGAUGAGGAAGCAGAUACAGUUUAUUUCCUUAGCACAGAAGAUAGUUCAAUACAAAGACAACUGUACAGAGUGUCGGCGGUAAACCCAUUUCAACGUGAAUGCCUGACCUGCUCCCUGUUCAAAACACAAUGCUCCUACUACGAUGCAGUCUUCAACCCAGACAAUCAGUAUGUCCUGCUGAACUGUAGAGGUCCCGGUAUACCAAGAACCACCCUUUACAAACUGAAUGACAUGAGCACAAAUAGCUGGCAACACAAUCCAAGCAAUGUUCUCGCGGAUUUUGCACACAUGGAGGCGGAACAGGCGCUGCUGGCAGUCACUGAGGGGCAGAGCAAGAAUUACACUUUGGAGAAGAACACCGCACUAAGAGAUGCACUGAUAUAUAGGAAUAUACCAAGGAGAGAUAUCAGGACCCUACAAAUCAACAACUUUGCACUUCGUCUGGAGCUGACCAUGCCAAUAGAUUUUGAUGAGGCCACAGCGUAUCCACUUCUGCUGAUCCUUGACAGUGCCCCCGGUGGCCAGGCGGUGAGUGACCAGUUUGUUCUUGACUGGGACUCUGUUCUGGUCAGCUCGGAUAACGUCAUCGUGGCUCGCCUGGACGGCAGUGGGAGUGGGUUCCUGGGCCAGAGGGUCCUGCAUGAAGUCCACCAGCGUUUGGGAACCGUGGAGGUGCAGGACCAGAUCGCAGCAGUAGAGUACCUGACCAAGCUGCCAUAUGUGGAUAAAAAUAAUGUUGCUGUUUAUGGAAAGGCUUAUGGGGGUUUCCUGAGCUCUCUUCUACUCCUCUCCUCUGGCUCCAUGUUCAGAUGUGGGGUUGCAGUUGCUCCCGUGACAGACUGGAGACUCUACGGUUCGGCCUUCACUGAGCGUUACUUUGGGUUCCCGGUCCAGGAUGAGCGUAAAUACCAACUCUCCAGUCUGCUUCCCAACAUCACAGGCACAGGUCAACGGAAGUUUCUCAUCAUCCAUGGAACAGCAGAUGCCACCGUUCAUUUCCAGCAUUCCGCGGAGCUGGUGAAACUUCUGUCAAUAUCAAACGUUAACUACACUCUGCAGAUCUUCCCAGACGAAGGACACAACAUUUACUCUGUGAAGAGCCAACGCUACUUGUUGAACUCUGUCAUGACCUUCUUCAGGGAAUGCUUCCUAGUGGAAAUCCCUGUAGCUCAUCCUGUGUCUGAGGAUGACUAGGAUGACCAUGUCUCACCUUGUUUUUGUAGAACCUGUUGCUCCUGGAAACGAUGAAGUGGUCUUUGACCUGCUUGUCUGAGGAACCACCAGUGAGAAGUGGUGAGAUAUGGUGAGACAAUGUGAAUGAGAGAGGGGUCAGACAAUGUUGUUGUGCUCUAUGAAGGGUAAUGAUAGGCUGAGAAGAGAUUGAAGAUUUUUCCUGUACAGUGAUGUAUACAUUUUCCUAUUGCUAUGAUCAAGCAAUAGUUCACAUAGGAACAUUUAGGCUGUUACCAGUGUUCUGCAAAUAUCAUAAGUAUACAGUUAGCAUGGUAGAGAUUCAGUAGAGAAGAAGGGAAACUUGUUCAUAUUAGCUGUUUGUAUGGGAGGUAUGUUUUAGUCUUUACUGUUAAAGAUGUGAAAGGGAGAUAUUUAUUUAUUUUUUCCUUUUAAAGAAUAUAGUUAUUUCAGACAGCUGUAAUGUAUUGUGAAUUUUAGAUAUAUAUUCAGUUUCAGUUUUAAAAUGGCAUUUAGAGCGUGCAUUAGGGAUAAAUACAGGUAACCGGGAUCCUAGGACUGUCACURUUCACAUUUCCCCCCAAAGUAAAAUGACCUGGGAAAUUAAAACAUUUUCCCCCAA